AUCCACCGAUCAUUUUCUUUUCUCUUUAUCUGAAGACCAGGCCGCUGAAGUAAAGGGAGAAACUUUUGAAGGAAAAGUCCGAAGGGACCCGGGAAGAGCUCCGGAUAAGGCGUCGCCGAAGGGGAUGGCGUCCACGUCAGCAGCGCCGUCCAAUCCGGAUCGUACACGCCCGUCUUCUUCUUCUCCUCCUGUGCAUUCAUUUGCCGAUCGGCUUCACUCCGAUCACAGUCGCGGAUUCGGGUCCUUGAACAUGGACGAGAUCAUCAAGAGCAUUUAUGCGGAUUGCAAUGCGCUCGCCGGUAGUUGCUGCUCCUCCUCCGGCGGGAGCAAGUUGGUGGAUGAUGUUUGGAGGGAGAUUGUGAACGGAGGCGGGGGAGCGGGGAGUGGGGACCCGGAGAUGACGCUGGAGGAUUUCUUAACAAAGGCAGGCGCGGUUAGGGAGGAGGAUGUUAGGGUUUCGCAGAUUCCUCCGCCGCCUGCCCCUGCUGCAGAUGUUAGUGGUGGAUUUAAAGUGGAUUCGCUGGUGAAUGUGGAGAAUUGUCAGUUUCCCGUGGUCAUGCAGAAUGGACCUGGUGGGUUUGGGUUGGAGUCGCCUCAUUUGGGGUUUGGGAAUGGCGUGGUGGCUAUGGGAGGGAACGGAGGAGCCAGAGGGAAGAGGAGGGCAAUGGCGGAGGAGAUUCCUCUCGAUAAGGCCACUCAACAGAAGCAGAGGAGAAUGAUCAAGAAUAGAGAGUCUGCAGCUAGGUCUAGGGAAAGAAAACAGGCUUACACUGUGGAAUUAGAGGCUCUGGUCGCACAAUUGGAGGAGGAUAAUGCAAGACUUUUGAUAGAAGUGGCAGAGCGGAAGAAAAAGAGAGUUAUGCAGCUAAUGGAGAAUCUGAUUCCAGUUGAAGAGAAGCGUAGACCACCACGACAUCUUCGGAGAGUCCGUUCCACAACCUGGUAGUAAAACUUCAUAUCACAAGCAGUAA